CUUUGAAGACAAUUACUGUUAUGAAGUAUCCUUACAGUGUGGAAGAAGAGCGUGCACCUCCGUGUGCUGUCAGGUCUGAAGUUUGGUCUUUUAUCUGAAAUUAGACAGUCUGCGUUCUCCCGUUACAAUGGCUGAUCAAUCAGAUCGCUUUGACGGAAUGCUGAUGGCGAUGGCGCAGCAAUGUGAGGGCGGAAUACACGAGCUUCUAGACCAUUUCUUUGGAUUUCUGGACAGAAAAACAGAUUUUUUUCUGGGUGGAGAAAAAGGGUAUGCAGAAAAGAUUGUUUUGCAGAAGUUUCGUGAACACCAGAAAAAAGCAUUAGAGAAAAAGGAACAAGAACAGAAAGAAGGAGAAGCUUUAAAGGCUGCAAAGGCUCAGAAAGAAUCUACAAACAAGAGUAAAGCCUCUAUACAAGAAGUUACAGAUGAGGAAGCCAAAAGAAUAGAGGAAGAAGAAAAGAGGCGAAAAACACUCGCUGACACAAAUGUUGAUAGUAGCAAGGAUGAACCAAAAAAAGAGGAAGAUGAGGAGGAGGAGGAGGAUGAGGAUGCUAAAGGGAAAAUAAAACCAAAUGCUGGAAACGGAGCAGAUCUGCCAAACUACAAAUGGACGCAGACAUUAGAAGAAAUUGAAUUACGAAUCCCAUUAGAUGUCAGCUUUAAGCCAAAAGGGAAAGAUGUUGUUGUGGAUAUUCAGCAAAAGCAUUUAAAGGCAGGUCUUAAAGGUCACCCACCUAUUAUUGAUGGGGAUUUUCCCAAAAAGGUCAAAUUGGAGGAGUGCACUUGGCUCAUCGAUGGAAAAAAUCUUGUCUUGAACCUUGAAAAAGUGAACAAGAUGGAAUGGUGGUCUCAACUAGUGACAUCCGAUCCAGAAAUAAACACAAAGAAAGUACAGCCUGAAAAUUCAAAGUUGUCUGAUCUGGACGGUGAAACAAGAGGCAUGGUGGAAAAGAUGAUGUUCGAUCAGCGACAGAAACAGAUGGGUCUACCCACAUCUGACGAACAGAAGAAACAGGACGUUCUUAAAAAAUUUAUGGAACAACAUCCCGAAAUGGACUUUUCCAAAGCAAAGUUCUCGUAGCUAAAAGGCUGAGUUAAACUACGAAGUGAAUCGAAUCAAGAACGGUUUGCAGUGUCUUGUGUUUUUACUUCCACCCUGUCAAUGAAACUCAACUGUUAAAGAAAAUAUAUAUGGAAAUAUUUUC